UGGAAUGAGGUGCUAUUUUGCUAGAUUCACGAUCCUGCACAUUUUUACAUUUUUUUUAAGAUAUUUUUUUAUUACUUAGUACCUAUUCUAAAUAAAUAACUCGGAUAUCAGUCCUUGUUUAUCUUUUCAAUGUCUAAUGAAUCGGAUCUAGGGUAAAGUAUUAGUCUAGUACACUGCUUUCGAACGUGUAAAUAUUUCUAUAAAGUAAGUAAUAUUCAAAUCAUGUAAAUGGCUGAACGACUAGAACUCCGAAAUCUGGUAAUCGAGUCGGAUACACCAUCAACAAGUUCGCCGGUAACACUAAACGUCACGACGUCUCCGAAAUCGCAAAUAAAAGUUCUGGGUUUAUUGUUGGCUGCAAUAUCAUCCUUAUUUUUCUCUCUGAGUUCGUUAAUAGUCAAAUGGCUCAAAGACAUGGAUCCAUUGGAAUUGGCCGCCAUUCGUUUUGUUGGGAUACUACUUCCCUCGCUACCCAUAUUGAUCUACAAGAAUCAGAAUCCAUUUCCCAAAGGUCAACGACUGAUGCUGUUACUUCGUGGAUUUGCCGGAGCCACUUCUUUGUCUCUCAUCUUCUAUGCCAUCAGACACAUGCCCUUAGCUGAUGCUUCGGUAAUUAUAUUCAGUGUACCUGUUGUAGUUGCAGUAUUCGCUAGGAUAUUUCUCAAGGAACAAUGUGGACUAUUUCACUACUUAACAUUACUCUUAACAAUGAUUGGAGUUUUAUUGAUCACAAGACCUCCUAUUUUAUUUGGACAUUCGACCAAACAUUAUAAUUUUUUAGCCCCAUUAGCUGCUUUACUGUCAACAUUUUUUGCAGCUAUUGUUUAUAUACUACUAAGAGCUCUGAAGAACUUACAUUUCAGUGUCAUCAUGGUGACGUUUGCCACUUAUUCUAUCAUUCAAACAUCUACCAUGGCUUGGGCUACAGGAAACUUGUGUUGGCCAAAAUGCGGUACUGAAACAAUUUUAGUAAUCGCUCUGGGUGUGUUUAGUUUUUCUGGACAAAUAUUAUUAACCAUUGCAGCCCAACUUGAGGAAGCUGGAUUGGUGGCUAUUGCAAGGACUGUUGAUGUGGUGUUUGCUUUCGUGUGGCAGAUAAUAUUUUUCAAUGAGGUACCUAAUAUUUUCAGUAUAAUAGGAGCAGUGUUAGUGACUUCAUCAGUUGUACUGAUUGGCCUUAGAAAGUGGAUGAUGUCCAUGCCGUCUACAUCUAGCAUGAGAAAAAAAUUUGGAUUUCUAUUUUUAUGACAGACGUAUUUCUUUUAUUUAUUAUUUAACUAUUAAUCUGCCUAGCACCAAUUGUAUUAUGAUAGAUUAAUUAAAUCACUUAAUACUUGUUAAAUAUUAUGUAUAAUUAAGUAUUAAAAUUUAGUGAGAAUCAAAUUAAUAUAAUUUAAUCAGCUCAAUCUUAGUUUACAUGCUUAUUUCUUUUUAGUUGUAAAUUUCAACAUAAACCAUUUUAAGACUUGUAUUUUAAAAACAGUUUGUGAUC